GCAUUAUAUGCAAGUUGGGAGCCAAGGCAUUCAAGACACUGUUACAGAUUUCCAUGGCAGCAGUAUGUUAAAUUGGGGAAUGUUCUUCGCCAUUUUGGAUACACAAUUGUAGCUCUACAUGGAUGUCUCCAAACUGAAAUUCAGACGCCUCGAUCGGUUCGAGCAAUGUUCAAAGAUCCAUGUAUCAGACUAGCUGGAGAAGUUACAAAAGCUUUAAAAGAAUUAGGAGAUAGUAUAAGAUAUCGUCGUCAAUGUUCACCAGAAAUACUAUCCGAUCACCUCCACGAAGCUUUACAAGACCUAGACAAUGCCAUAAAAUCCCAACCAAAACUCUUCAUUGGGUCCAAAAAUAAUUCCAACAAGUUAGCCCUAGCAACAAUCGGCAUACAGUCAGGUGCACUGAACUCCCGGAGAGUCACUUUAUCGAGCGUAAAGACCGAUACGUCCGCGUUGCUCGAGUGGAAAUCCAAAAGGGGUAGCACAAAUGAAAAUAAUGAGAGAAAAUCUUUGAGGCCUACAUUGAGUAAGAUUGCUAUUACUAGUCUUGAAUUUUCGGAUGCUUUGCCAUUUGCUGCAUUUGCUGCUUUAUUAGUUGAAAUUGUUGCAAGGCUUGAUCUUGUUAUUGAAGAAGUUGAAGAAUUGGGAAGAAUUGCUCAUUUCAAAGAGUAUAAUAAUUCUCAAGAUGAUGAUCAUAAUGUGGUUGUGGAUUUUGAGAAACAUGCAAUGCCUUUGAGAAAUGAAUUGCCCACUCAUGCAGGAGAUUAAAACGUUCUUUGGCGUCGAGGGAAUUGAACGAAUAGAGAUUCAAAAAAGAAUCGAUCUGAUUUAGGUCAUAAUCUUUAAGAAACUCCCGAAAUUAUUACUAGAAAGUCAACCGCGCAGAUUGACUAAGAUGUGGUUUGAUAGAUAUAGAAGUGUACUAAAGGAUAUUAAAAAAGUUGUAUUGAAGGACAUCUCUAGUGAUUGAUGACUUCUUUUUCCUAUUUUGGUUUGAAUGGUGUAAUAUUGCAUCUUUUUUUUGAGAAUGCUAUCAAGGAAAAAAAGAA